UUUUAACGAAUCAAAAACGCAAACGACACACUACGUUUUGUGCCAACGAAGAUCAAACAAACAAAACGAGCUGCGAAUUUUCUCGCGCGUGUUUUUUUUUUUUCUUCCCUCUGUUUGGUCGCCAAGAAAAUGCAGGAAAGUAGUAAAGACCCUGCCAUCAAACUCUUUGGAAAGAAAAUUCCUCUGCCUGCAGACGGUGAGAUUCCGCCCAUCCUCUCUGAGGACUUGUCCUCUCCGGUGACGAAGGAAGUGGUUUCCAACGAAGGAGAAACAGAGGAGGAUUCUUCAGACGGGAAAGCCGAUGAGAUUCCACCUGCAAGAGAAUAUGAGUCAACAGAUCUGGAAAUAUUACCGGAUAGUGAUGUGAACCCCAAAACACCUUCCAUAGAUGAAGAAACUGCAAAAUCAAGGUCUUUCAAGACUGAGAAGGUUCAGGAUGAUGCUUUGAAUUCACAAGAGAAGACCCUCAAGAAGCCGGAUAAAAUACUUCCAUGCCCUCGGUGUAAUAGUAUGGACACCAAAUUCUGCUAUUUCAACAAUUACAAUGUUAACCAACCUCGCCAUUUCUGCAAAGCUUGCCAAAGAUAUUGGACUGCAGGUGGUACCAUGAGGAACGUGCCAGUGGGAGCUGGUCGUCGCAAGAACAAGAAUGCAGUCUCGCAGUAUCGUCACAUCACCAUUUCUGAAGCUCUUCACGCAGCUUGUAUUGACGCUCCAAAUGGAAUACACCACCCUAAUUUCAAAAGCAAUGGCAGAGUCCUCAGCUUUGGCAUAGAUGCUCCAAUUUGUGAUUCCAUGGCUUCUGUAUUAAAUCUUGCAGAGAAAAAGGUAUUGAAUGGUACACGAAAUGGUGUUCAUACUUUGGAAGAACAAGAAAUUCCAGUUCCUCACAAAGGUGGCGAAAAUGGUGAUGAUUGCUCGAGUGGUUCCUCCAUCACUGUCUCAAAACCAGCGGUGGAAGGAGUCAGAAAUUGUGUGCAAGAACCCUUAAUGCAGAAUAUUAAUGGCUUCCCUUCACCCAUUCCAUGUAUCGCUGGUGUUCCUUGGCCUUAUCCAUGGAAUGCUGCAGUACCUCCACCUGCCUUCUGUACCUCAGGGUACCCUAUGUCAUUUUAUCCAGCACCAUUUUGGAACUGUGGGAUUCCAGGCACUUGGAACAUUCCAUGGUUAUCACCCCAAUCUUCUCCAAACCAGAAAUUUCCAAGCUCUGGUCCUAAUUCACCGACUUUGGGAAAACAUUCAAGGGAUUCAGAAAUGAAUAAACCAGAAUGUAUGGAGAAAGAGGAGCCAUCGAAACAAAAGAAUGGAUGCUUAUUGAUUCCAAAAACUUUAAGAGUUGAUGAUCCAAGUGAAGCCGCAAAGAGCUCAAUAUGGGCAACACUUGGGAUUAAAAAUGAAUCCAUCACUGGAGGAGGGUUGUUCAAGGGCUUGCAACCAAAGAGUGAUGAAAAAAGUCACAUGGCUGAAACCUCCCCAGUAUUGCAGGCAAACCCUGCAGCCUUGUCUAGAUCACUAAACUUCCAUGAAAGUUCAUGAAGACAAGGCUUUACUUGUGUUAGCAUUCGUUUACACCAGAAGAGCAAGGUGAAUUCAACUCAUUAGAGGGACUUCGAAUCUCUUACUGUUAUCCUUUAUGGAUCAAUUUGAUUCACUAGCCUCAUCAUUCAUUGCAUACAAGCUAAUUGACAACAACACAAAAGAGCAGAGAGGGAUAUAACUUUCUGGUUUUCACUAGGAUAGAGGGAAGCUCAAGGGGGAACUCAUAGUAUAGUAACAAUAUGCACAGGUGCCUUUACAUUUGCUGAGCUUGUGUUUAUGUACAUAUCUUUUUUCAUAUAUGUGAAAUAAAUUAACAGAGUUGCAGAAAAAUCUUUCUGUACAGACCAUAA